UCCGUUUUGAUGGCUGUAUGAAGCGCGUGAGCAAAACUUAGAGUGGAAAACAAAUAGAUUUAAGUAAAAAGUGUUAAAUUAACGUAUCUAAGAGUGAAAUAUGAAUUUGCCACCAAAUACUGGAACGGCUCGCGGACGUGGACGCGGAAAAAAGCGCACUGAAGAUGGCAAUCGCCGAAUGGGUCCCCAACUGGGUCAGUCCCCGCAUUCUUCUCAAGGUGGAAAAAAUGAAGCCUCGGGAGAGCCGGGUUCAUCCAGUGAUGUCCCGGUACGUCAACAGGAGACGACCCGCAGUUUUGAGACCAAGUCGAGAGAGUUUGAGGCUCCAAGCUCUGAAGGUGAUCCCCGUGGAUCUGUGCGUGGACGUCGUCUGAUCACGGAUGUCGUUCACUCCCGGCCACAGGGACUGGCCACCAAGAAUGGAGUUACUGGAACGAGAAUUACUGUUCAGACGAACUAUUUCAAGCUUUUGAAACGCCCAAACUGGACCAUCUACCAGUACCACGUUGAUUUUGUUCCCGAUGUGGACAAUACGCGCAUACGUCGGGCCUUUAUAAACCAUCAUCGAAGCCUUCUGGGCGGCUACAUAUUUGACGGAACCAUCCUCUUUUGCACCACUCAGUUCAAGCCUGUGCAAAAUAGCCCCUAUGUCCUGGAACUUGUGACUCAGAGUCGCGAGGGCGAGAACUUUCAGAUUAAAAUCAAGUUCGUUGGGUCCGUAGAGGCAGCUGACAACCAGCAGUUCCAGGUGCUCAAUCUAAUUUUGCGCAGAGCCAUGGAGGGCUUGAACUUGCAGCUGGUUUCCCGCAACUUCUUUGAUCCCAAAGCAAAGAUUAAUUUGGAGAGCUACCGCAUGGAACUCUGGCCCGGGUAUCAGACGUCGAUUCGUCAACACGAAAGUGAUAUAUUACUUUGUACAGAGGUAGCACACAAGGUGAUGAGAACCGAUACCUUGUACAACAUUCUAUCCGAGGCUAUUCGCGACAAUGACGAUUAUCAAACUGCCUUUAAACGGGAGAUAAUGGGAAUGAUUGUUUUAACUGACUACAACAACAAAACCUAUCGUGUUGACGAUGUUGACUUUAAUUCGUCGCCAUCGUCAAAAUUCAGUACCAAGGAUGGUGACAUUUCUUAUGUGGAGUACUACAAAAAGCGAUACAACAUUACAAUCCGAGACUUUAAGCAACCUUUGGUCGUGUCUCGUCCCACCGAGAAAAAUAUUCGUGGGGGCGUUGAUCAACUCAUUAUGCUUAUUCCCGAGCUGGCUCGGGCAACUGGGAUGACCGAUGCAAUGCGCGCCAAUUUCCGGUUGAUGAAGGCCAUGAGCGAGCAUACCAGACUCACUCCGGAUCGUCGCAUUGAGCGCCUGCGCAUGUUCAACCAGCGAUUGAAGUCCUCCGAGGAGAGCACUGAAACACUGAAGUCCUGGAACGUCGAACUUGACUCCGCCUUGGUGGAAAUCCCAGCUCGCGUGCUGCCGCCGGAGAAAAUCGUAUUCGGCAACAACAAGAGAUUCCUGUGCGACGCUCGCGCCGAUUGGACCAAUGAGUUCCGCUCCUCCUCGAUGUUCAGUCACGUGGACAUCAAGAGAUGGUAUGUGAUCACUCCGGCUCGAAAUUUGCGCGAGACACAGGAGUUUGUGAAGAUGUGCAUCCGGGCAGCCAACGGAAUGAGGAUGCAUAUCUCAGAGCCUCGCUACGAUGAGAUCAAGGACGACCGUAAUGGCACUUACUCUCAAUCGAUCGACAACGCCGUGGCCAAGGAUCCACAGAUAGUGAUGGUUGUGAUAAAGGCUCCUAAUGAAGAGAAGUAUAGCUGCAUCAAAAAACGCACCUGUGUGGACAGACCGGUGCCGUCGCAGGUGGUGACAUUGAAGGUCAUUGCCCCUCGCGCGGAAAAAUCCGGUGGCCUCAUGUCGAUUGCCACCAAAGUGGUUAUCCAGAUGAACGCCAAGUUGAUGGGUGCACCCUGGAUGAUCGAGCUUCCACUUCGCGGAUUGAUGUCUGUUGGUUUCGAUGUGUGCCACUCCUCGAAAAACAAAAACAAGUCAUAUGGGGCUCUGGUAGCUACCAUGGACCAGAGGACAUCGUGUCGUUACUUCUCCUCGGUGAAUGAGCACAUGAAGGGACAAGAGUUGUCCGACCAAAUGUCGCUAAAUAUGACGUUGGCUCUGAAGGCCUACCGGGAGCAUCACGGUACCUUGCCAGAGCGCAUUCUCUUUUUCCGCGACGGUGUCGGAGAUGGUCAGCUCUACCAGGUUGUAAACACCGAGGUGAAGUUUCUAAAGGCCAAGCUAGACGAAAUUUACAAGUCGGCUGGUAAGGAGGAGGGCUGCCGCAUGGCAUUUAUCAUCGUGUCUAAGCGGAUAAACUCGCGCUACUUCGUGAACAAACGCAAUCCACUUCCGGGCACUGUGGUUGAUGAUGUUAUCACCUUACCGGAGCGUUACGACUUCUUUCUGGUGUCCCAGGCAGUUCGUCAGGGUACAGUAUCGCCCACCAGCUACAACGUAAUAUCCGACAACAUGGGACUGAGCGCCGAUAAGCUGCAGAUGCUCGCCUACAAGAUGACUCACAUGUACUACAACUUCUCCGGAACUGUUCGAGUCCCCGCUGUAUGCCAGUACGCCCAUAAGUUGGCUUUCCUAGUGGCCGAAAGUAUUAAUCGCGCGCCUUCAGCCGGAUUGGAGAACCAGCUAUACUUCUUAUAAUUAUUUGACCCUUUCGAAAAUUCACUUAUAACAUUUUACGACGUAAUUUUAUGUUGACAUAAUUUGUAUCAAAAUGAAUGGAUACUGGACUAAAUAAAGAAUGCACAUAUUUUUCUAAAAAAAAAAA